GGCCGCUGAGCCCCGGGCUGCGCGGAGGCGGGACCUGCGGCCAGCCCUGGGCGGCCAUCUGGACAGAGCUGGGAGGGCCGGAACCAGAACCCUAGCGUGAUCCUGAACCGGAGCCCGAGCCUGCUGCAGAGACACGGUUCUUGCUAUGUGCUCAGGCUGGUCUCAAACUCCUGGCCUCAAGCAGUCCUUCCACUUCGGCCUACCAAAGCGUUACCAGCAGUGUCAGCAUGCUGCGCUUCCUGGCACCCCGGCUGCUUAGCCUCCAGGGCAGGACUGCCCGCUACUCCUCGGUAGCAGCCCUCCCAAGCCCCAUUCUGAACCCAGACAUCCCCUACAACCAGCUGUUCAUCAACAAUGAAUGGCAAGAUGCAGUCAGCAAGAAGACCUUCCCGACGGUCAACCCUACCACCGGGGAGGUCAUCGGGCACGUGGCUGAAGGUGACCGGGCUGAUGUGGAUCGGGCCGUGAAAGCAGCCCGGGAAGCCUUCCGCCUGGGGUCCCCAUGGCGCCGGAUGGAUGCCUCUGAGCGGGGCCGACUGCUGAACCGCCUGGCAGACCUAGUGGAGCGGGAUCGAGUCUACUUGGCCUCACUGGAGACCUUGGACAAUGGGAAGCCUUUCCAAGAGUCUUACGCCUUGGACUUGGAUGAGGUCAUCAAGGUGUAUCGGUACUUUGCUGGCUGGGCUGACAAGUGGCAUGGCAAGACCAUCCCCAUGGAUGGCCAGCAUUUCUGCUUCACCCGACAUGAGCCCGUUGGUGUCUGUGGCCAGAUCAUCCCGUGGAACUUCCCCUUGGUCAUGCAGGGUUGGAAACUUGCCCCGGCACUCGCCACAGGCAACACUGUGGUUAUGAAGGUGGCAGAGCAGACCCCCCUCUCUGCCCUGUAUUUGGCCUCCCUCAUCAAGGAGGCAGGCUUUCCCCCUGGGGUGGUGAACAUCAUCACGGGCUAUGGCCCAACAGCAGGUGCGGCCAUCGCCCAGCACAUGGAUGUUGACAAAGUUGCCUUCACUGGUUCCACCGAGGUGGGCCACCUGAUCCAGAAAGCAGCUGGCGAUUCCAACCUCAAGAGAGUCACCCUGGAGCUGGGUGGUAAGAGCCCCAGCAUCGUGCUGGCCGAUGCUGACAUGGAGCAUGCCGUGGAGCAGUGCCACGAAGCCCUGUUCUUCAACAUGGGCCAGUGCUGCUGUGCUGGCUCCCGGACCUUCGUGGAAGAAUCCAUCUACAAUGAGUUUCUCGAGAGAACCGUGGAGAAAGCAAAGCAGAGGAAAGUGGGUAACCCCUUUGAGCUGGACACCCAGCAGGGGCCUCAGGUGGACAAGGAGCAGUUUGAACGAGUCCUAGGCUACAUCCAGCUUGGCCAGAAGGAGGGCGCAAAACUCCUCUGUGGCGGAGAGCGUUUCGGGGAGCGUGGUUUCUUCAUCAAGCCUACUGUCUUUGGUGGCGUGCAGGAUGACAUGAGAAUUGCCAAAGAGGAGAUCUUUGGGCCUGUGCAGCCCCUGUUCAAGUUCAAGAAGAUUGAGGAGGUGAUUGAGAGGGCCAACAACACCAGGUAUGGCCUGGCUGCGGCUGUGUUCACCCGGGAUCUGGACAAGGCCAUGUACUUCACCCAGGCACUCCAGGCCGGGACCGUGUGGGUAAACACCUACAACAUCGUCACCUGCCACACGCCAUUUGGAGGGUUUAAGGAAUCUGGAAACGGGAGGGAGCUGGGUGAGGAUGGGCUUAAGGCCUACACAGAGGUAAAGACGGUCACCAUCAAGGUUCCUCAGAAGAACUCGUAAGAGCAGCUGUCAGGGAGGCCCAGUCACAGUCCAGCAAUUCCACAACCACCUUGACCAAUGCUUGCCAAACUGUUUUAAAGCCAAGAACACCCUUUCUUUGUUCCAAAUUAACUCUUAGAAGAAACCCCACAAAUAAAGCAAUUCAAUCAAGGCUGUUCUAUUUAAAUCAGAGAUGGGGACCAGGCUCAGAGUUCUACCUAUCUAACCCCCAACCACAGCCCCCUUGGUGGCCCAUGAGUUGCUUCCAUGAAAUCUUAGGAGUCUCUGGAAGACAGAUUAAAAACCAGUGAUCUGUAAUUUGUAGCUCUUCCUGCUGAUCCAAGGACUUUCCCAUGGGUGCACUUGAUGGUUUAGUGGAUCGACUCAACUCAGAACGCAAGCUUGGAAAGUGUUAGGGGUUUUGAACUACGUGGAUACCAAAUCUCGGCCCCACUCUUCAUUGGCUUAACCUAAAAACCAGAGGUGCUUUUCCUUGUCUGUGUGCCAGUUGCUGGCUGUUUUAGUUGCUUGCCCUUCAUUUUGCUACUGAUUUUCCUUAAUUUGUGGGAAGGAAUAGGCAAAGAAUAUGCUUACAUGAUUACACCUGUAAAGUAAGCCCAAACAUCCCAAAUGUCCAUCAACUGAUGAGUGGAUUAAUAAAAUGUUUCCAUGGAAUAUUCCUUGGAUUACUCAGCCAUAAAAAGGAAUGAAGUACUGACACACGCUGUGACAUCAGUGAACCCUGAAAACAUCCUUCUCAGUGAAACAAGCCAGAGAGAUGUACAAGGCUACAGACUGUAUGAUUCCAUUUAUAUGAAAUAUACAUACUAGGCAAAUCCAUGGAGAUGGAACAUAGAUUAGUGGUUGCCAGGGGAUAGAGGAGUAACUGUUAGUGGGCAUGGGAUUUGUUUUUGGGAGGUUUUGAAAAUGUUCUGGAGUUGAACAAUAGUAAUGGUUGCACGAUUUGGUAAAAAUACUAAAAACUAUGGAAUUGUUUAA